CCCCUGUCUCCUCCGGGGUCCGUGACCGGAAGCCGGGCGUCCAGGAUCCCAGACAGCGGUCCGCGAUGUCGGAUAGGGACGCGGGGCAGAGUGGAAGCUCCUCGGGGGCCCGAGCGGCGACUGUCAGCGACAUCCACGAGCUGAUGCGUCGCAAGGAGGAGAUCGAGGCGCAGAUCAAGGCCAAUUACGAAGUGCUGGAGGGCCAAAAAGGAGUUGGGAUGAACGAGCCACUGGUGGACUUCGAGGGCUACCCCCGGGCAGACGUGGACGUGUACCAGGUCCGCACCGCGAGGCACAACAUCAUCUGCCUGCAGAAUGAUCACAAAGCGGUGAUGAAGCAGGUAGAAGAGGCCCUACACCAGCUGCAUGCUCACGACAAGGAGAAGCAGGCGCGGGACUUGGCUGAGGCUCAGGAGGAGGCCAUGAGCCACAGGAUGAGCCACAAUGAGGGCCACGGCCUGUCGCAGGCCUUCGCCAAAGUGAACAGCAUCAGCCCUGGCUCUCCAGCCAGCAUUGCGGGUCUGCAGGUGGAUGAUGAGAUUGUGGAGUUUGGCUCUGUGAACACUCAGAACUUCCAGUCGCUGCACAACAUUGGCAGUGUGGUGCAGCACAGCGAGGAGAAACCCCUGAAUGUGACAGUAAUCCGUAGAGGGGAGAGACACCAGCUCAGGCUUGUUCCAACGCGCUGGGCCGGGAAAGGCCUGCUGGGCUGCAACAUCAUUCCUCUGCAAAGAUGACUGUCCCUGGGAAACAGUAACAGGAAAGCUUCUUCCCUUGCCCUGCCCGAGGGCCUGGUGGGGAUUUCCUCAUUCUCUUCACUCCCAAAGAGUAAGGAUCUGGAAGAGGCUGGAAGCUGGACGUCUAGGUGGUGGAGAUGCUGUGGCCUCCCAAUGUAUCUCUCUGGAUUAAGGCCUUAAAAACAAGAUUUGUGCUUGGCAUCUUUGGCACAUUGGGCCAUGUCCCAAAAUGGGAAUUCUCUGGAUUGUGGGCAAGUGGGUGGGAGUUAUUCUGGCAGGCGCCCAUGUGACUUUAUUCCUUUAGGAAUUUUGUUUUUCAAAUAAACACUGUUUUGCAGUUCUGAUAAGACUGUGUUGUCACCCAAGCUUAAUUUAUUAGGAACCUCUCAAAACCUAAGCUCAGAUGGGGUUGAAAUAUUCUUAAAGUUGGGCAAAACAAAACAAAAAAAACAGCAAUUGGGCUGAAGUCAAGAUUUGACCAGCAACUUUCUUUGCAUUGAACCAUUGCUACUCUGGACACAGUAGUUUGGUAUCCUUAGCCUCUGAGCCUCUACAGCCACCAUAGCUCCCUUUGGAGAAUGAGGAAAGCCAGGAGGUUCCCUGGGUGGCCCAGUGUGUGCCAGCUUCCUCUUCAGUAACUCACCAGAGGGCAGCAAGCUCCCUUCACUUCUAGAAUAAAAACUCGUGCAAAUUUACUUCUAAAUUGACUUUUUACCCUCGAACUUUCCAGCCAUGUCCUAAGAACAACAGUUUUGUGAAUUAAGGUAUGCUCAAAAUUGUGUUUACAGAUCUGACUGUUGAAGAUGCUGCUGCUUUCUGCCUUUCAUUCUCUCUUUUAAGAUGUCAGAUGGGUUUCAGUGAUUCCUGGGACUCUGCAUCUUAAUUUCUUGUUCCAGUGUUUAUUUCCCCAGCUCUUGCAGACCACUUUGUGUUUUGGGGGAGGUGUGCCACAUUCUGCCAGGAAGCCUGCAUUACUUAGGAUUGGAUUUUCUAGAGUUAGAUGCAGAUACUAGCUUCCCCUGAUGGCAGUCGAUAUUGGUGUGUGCUUCCACGGUGGGUUUUCAUGCUCAAUUUGAAAGGCAUCGUAGGAGCAUCUUCUCACAACUGUCCUGCCGUACAGCCUCACGUCUUCCCUCUUAUAGCCACAGACAUGCUGUGUACCAGUGGAUGCUGUAUAAAUUCCAUGUUCUGAUUACAAGUAUUUUCCAUCUCUUUUUGUAAAUCCCAGACUAUAAUAAACAGCUUGCACCAUUCAGUUUA